UCAGGGUUAGAAAAAAAAAUCUGGGAACUCGGGGGGGUUGGAUUGAGCUGCACUUGGAGACCGGCACAGCUCUUCUACUAGGAAUCCAGCCCUGCGUCUGCUUAGUCCGGUGGCCCCUCUCACCACCAUGGAGCUGCGGCCUGGUCUCGGGGCCACCUGUUUGCUGGGCUUCAGUUUCCUGCUCCUGGCCACCUCUUCUGAUGGACAUACUGGGCUUGGAAAGGGUUUUGGAGAUCAUAUUCAUUGGAGGACACUAGAAGAUGGGAAGAAAGAAGCAGCUGCCAGUGGAUUGCCCCUGAUGGUGAUUAUCCAUAAGUCCUGGUGUGGAGCUUGCAAAGCUUUAAAGCCCAAAUUUGCAGAGUCUAAAGAAAUUUCAGAGCUUUCUCAUAAUUUUGUUAUGGUAAAUCUUGAGGAUGAAGAGGAGCCCAAGGAUGAAGAUUUCAGCCCUGAUGGGGGUUAUAUUCCACGAAUUCUUUUCCUGGAUCCCAGUGGCAAGGUGCGUCCUGAAAUUAUCAAUGAGAAUGGAAACCCCAGCUACAAAUAUUUCUACAUCAGUGCUGAGCAAGUUGUUCAGGGGAUGAAGGAAGCUCAGGAAAGAUUGACGGGUGAUGCCUACCAGCAGAAACAUCUCGAAGACGAGUUGUAACGUGAAUGUAUCCUGUCUUUCAUCAGAGUUAGUGUUCUGGAAGGAAAGCCGCAGGGUGACCGACCAGGAAACCGUGCUCCUGCCUGCAUGGGUCGGAGCCCUCUCACUGUGGAAGAGUUCUGCCAACAAGCUGGUCUCCGUGUUUGUGGAUCCGCCAGCGUGUGGCCAACUUCCUUCUCCUGCCCCUCUGACCUAAGUGUCUAUUUGUCACUGAAUGUAAAGGACGACACCUUUUGACAAAAAACUUGAGCCAUUUGUAGGUUUACUCCUUGCACUUCAGUAUUUGAAUCUUUUUCCGCAUCCUUCUGCUUCACUCACCUUAGUGGUGAAAGGAGACCAGGAGCAUCUUUUCUACAAUGUUAAAAUUGCAGAUAUCGCUGAUCAUUUCAAACAACAAACCCUGAAUGUAAAUUAGUAAUUCUGCCCCCACCAAGGAGACCACCCUGAUUCUUCUUUUUCUCCUGGAAAUAAUGUUGGCCUUCUUCCUGAAUCCCUACAACUUCCUUCCUCUUUUCCUGCUUGGGCUUCCCUGUGUGCACACCUGUGUGUGUGGGAAUGGCAAUGUGCUUGGACUCAGCCCGGCUGGAAGCAUGCCUUCCCCGUUACUGUUGGAGAAACUCAAACCUUCAAGCCCUAGGCAGAGCCAUUUUUGUCAAGUUGUCAACUGUAUUUUUGUACUGGGGUUAACAAAAUAAAUAAAUAUUGAUUGUACCGUUACACUUUAAUAAAACUUUGAAAGGAAA